AUGGGGCUACUUUCUUUGGGCACACCGUUAGACUGGCAUGAAUCGAAGAAAUAUAACGAGCAUGUACGCAACAAUGGUAUAACUCAGCUAAUUAAUAUUUUCAAGCAGCAUAGCAAUAGAGAUAAUGAUGAGUUUUUAUGGGGAGAUGAAGUGGAGUACAUGUUGGUUGACUUGGACAGGCAGCACCAUUCUGCCAAAUUGGCAAUUGAUAAGGAUUACGUGUUGAACGAUUUGAAUGACGAGACAAAAUCUUUGCUUAAAGCGAGGAAAUAUAACGUUUCAUUUCAUCCUGAAUAUGGUAGGUAUAUGCUUGAGGGAACCCCAUUGAGGCCCUAUAAUGGAGAGAAAUUAGAAGACUAUAUAUAUGUUGAGGAAAAUAUGAUAAAAAGGAGGAAAUUGAGCUCGGAGGAAUUACCUUCUAAUGUCAAGCCCUUAACAUUGACUAGUUUUCCAAGAAUGGGAUGUCCCAAUUUCACCUCGCCUCAAGCAAAUCCCAUAGGACCAGCAUCACAGUCCCUUUUUUUACCAGACGAGAUCAUCAAUAGACACGCUAGAUUCCCCACUUUAACAGCAAACAUUAGAAAGCGUAAAGGUCACAAAGUUGCUAUCAACUUACCCAUUUAUCCCGACAAAAACACUAAAUUGUUGGAUGAUUCAAUACCACACAACAGACAUUUGUUUAAAAGUGAUAAGGAACCAUUUUUGGGUGCAUCAAAACCAGGAUAUGUAUAUAUGGAUUCUAUGGGAUUUGGAAUGGGUUCAAGUUGCUUACAGAUAACAAUGCAAGCUAAAAACAUUCGCGAAGCUAGGUAUUUGUAUGAUUCGUUGAUACCAAUUGCUCCAAUUAUGUUGAGUCUAAGUGCCGCGGCACCUAUUUUCAAGGGAUACUUGGUUGAUCAAGAUGUUAGGUGGAAUGUGAUUUGUGGAGCUGUUGAUGAUCGUACUUUUAUUGAAAAGGGAGAAGAUCCGUAUAGGGGCUACCAUUUGUUUGGCGGUUUAGAUAUUGAUGGCAAUAAAGAUUUGAACAUCAACAAACAUGGAGUGAAUGAAUAUGGAGACUUGAAUGAUCUAUAUACCAAGGAUGGUAAGCCAAUUCAACAUAUUCCCAAAUCAAGGUAUGGUUCAGUAGACAAUUACCUUGGCGAUGGCGAGUAUGAUACAAAGUAUUUCAAGGAGGAGUACAGUGAUUUGAAUGCACCAAUAAACAAGAAAGUAUAUGACCGGUUGCUCAAUGAAAAUCUGGGCCUUUUUGAUAAAUAUUUAGCUACUCACUUUGCUCAUUUAUUUAUUAGAGAUCCUUUGGUAAUUUUUGGUGAACGAAUACAUCAAGACAAUAAGCUCAGUAAUGACCAUUUUGAAAACAUCCAGAGUACAAAUUGGCAAACGAUAAGGUUUAAACCACCUGCGUUGUAUGAGCAAACGGCGGCAAAUAGCGAGAUUGACUUUACUGAUAAGCCAGGUUGGAGGGUUGAAUUUAGACCGAUGGAGAUUCAAAUAACUGAUUUUGAAAAUGCAGCGUAUCUGACUUUUAUGAGUUUGUUAUCCAAAGCCAUAUUGAGAUUCAAACCUAAUUUUUAUGUGCCAUUACUGAAGGUUGAUUUAGAUAUGGAUUUAGCUCACCAUUUGGAUUCUGCUAUAAAGGAGAAGUUUUGGUUCAAAUCGUUAGAUUCUUGGGAAUUAGAUUAUCAUGACUUUAUUGGGUAUGAUUUUUCUUGGUUUGAUAGAUUUCUUAGCGAGGGUAAUGAUACCUUGUCGAGCAAAGGAGCAGUUUAUUUAAACGGGUAUAAUUCAAGCUCGAGUUUAGCAGGGUUGAAUGGAGAGGCCAAUAUUGGUGGUUCUCAGCCCUAUAGUAUGAAUGGUGGUACGAAUGGUGGUAUGAAUGGUAGUAUGAAUGGUAGUAUGAAUGGCUCAAUUGCCAAGCCAACCAAAGGGUGCACCGGCAAGAUUCUUGAAGAAAUUAAUGACGUUGAUGAUAAUGGGUUGGAUCAGCGAUACACACUAAAUGAACUAAUCAAUGGUGGAGAUGGCAAAUUUCUUGGGUUGAUUAGAAUUGUGAUCAAGUUUAUAGCUACCGAAUUGAUACCACCAGAUUGCCAACAUUGUCAAGAUGUCAAAUGUGCCUCGAAUUUAGUGAGAUUGAAAUAUUAUUUGAUGUUGAUUUCGCAAAGAGCUAGUGGCGAGAUUCCAACAGCCGCACAUUGGAUUAGAAAUAGAGUAUUGAAUAAUCCCUUGUACCAGCAUGAUUCCAAAGUAUCUGAUGAAAUCAAUUUUCAGCUUAUAAAUGAUAUUGAUAGGUUGACGAAUUUGCAAGAUCGUGAUUUAGUUAUGGAUUUUUUUGGAGAAACUAUAGGGGAGUAUAUACUUGGCGGGAACAAAUAG